GUCGCCCCAGAUCCGUAACAGGCUAGCGGUCGGGCGUUGUGCGAAGUAGCGACGGCGGCGUGGAGUCCGGUCGUGUCCUUCGCUCGGAGGUCGUUCGCUUUCCCCUCGCCGGCCACCAUUUCCAUCAUGCUCUGCCGGUUGGUGUCCCGGGGCAGCCCCAGCAGAAAUGUCACUAAACUGAUAGCACCGCUUGGAUGUCUGGCUUCUAGACAAAAGCAUACUCUCCCUGAUUUACCUUAUGAUUAUGGUGCCUUGCAGCCACAUAUUAGUGCAGAAAUCAUGCAGCUUCACCACAGCAAACAUCAUGCUACAUAUGUAAAUAAUCUGAAUGUUGCUGAAGAAAAAUACAAAGAGGCUUUGGCAAAAGGUGAUGUGACUGCUCAGGUGUCUCUUCAACCGGCUCUGAAGUUCAAUGGAGGAGGUCAUGUUAACCAUACUAUUUUCUGGACAAAUCUUUCUCCUAAUGGUGGUGGGGAACCAACAGGAGAGCUAAUGGAAGCCAUUAAGCGAGAUUUUGGCUCCUUUGCAAAUUUCAAGGAAAAGCUGACAGCAGUUUCAGUUGGUGUUCAAGGUUCAGGGUGGGGAUGGCUUGGUUAUAAUAAAGAACAAAGCCGCUUACAGAUUGCUGCCUGUUCCAAUCAGGAUCCCCUUCAAGGAACCACAGGUCUCAUCCCCUUACUCGGAAUUGAUGUAUGGGAACAUGCAUAUUAUCUUCAGUAUAAAAACGUUAGGCCUGACUAUCUCAAAGCUAUCUGGAAUGUGAUCAACUGGGAAAAUGUAUCUUCAAGAUAUGCAGCUGGGAAGAAAUAGAGCUGAAUUCUUGUACAGACUUGAACCUUUGGUGUUCCUCAAAUCAUUUUUCUAUUAAUGCCUAAUAGCUUGCUUGCUAAUUGCUGCAGUACUGAAAAUAUGAUACCACACUAAGCAAAACUGUUCUCAAGUUCACAGGGUUUUCUUUAUGUGAUAAAAGGGUAGUUCUUGAAAGUACUAAUCUGAUAUUGAAAAACAGGCACUCUUCAUGAGCUACUGUGAAAUGCAACUCUUUUGAAACAUCUGGAUAGAAUUACAGACUUCCUCACGGUAGCAGGUGGAUUUAGCAGUGCUUUCAAGUGUGAUUUUAAGCUGCAAACACAUCCUGGGCAUACCAAAGUCAGGGGAAAAGUUUGAGAAAUAACAGUGCGUCAGUAGCAUUUUUUAGACUAGGUUAUAUGUCAGAGUGUAAUGCACUUGAGUAAAAGGCAGUCUUACAAUCUUCAUAAUUAGAGAUGUUUGGCAGAUGCUUGUUCAUUACAAAAUUAGGAUUCCUAACGUGGCUCACAACUUUGAAUGGUCGUGGGUUAGCUUUCAUGAAAUUUCCUCUCAGAAGAGAAAAGUCAAAGCCAGAAAGAGAUAUUGCAUCAAAUUUGCAUCAAAUGUACAUGUGCUUAGUGUGCGUGUAUGUUCAUCUGUGUAUUUUUGGUGGGAAAUACUGCUUCUGUAAUAUAUUGCAACCAAC